AUGAAUUUAUUCAACUCGGCUCUUGGGGAAAACAUCAGUUUUGUGCGUCCUGCAUAUUUUGUAAUAAGUGGUUUUUCUGGCAUCCUUAAUAUCAAGUAUUACUAUGUCUUUCUCUUUUUUGUUUAUAUUGUUUCAGUGCUUGGGAACACAGUUGUGAUGGCAGUAAUAUACUUGGAUCAUAAUCUGAGAACUCCAAAAUAUAUUGCAGUUUUUCAUCUUGCAUUUGUGGACUUGUUUGGUAGCUCUGCUCUGGUGCCGAAGCUUCUUGACAUCUUCCUGUUUAACCAUCCCUCCAUCCCCUACAACGAAUGCUUGACAUUCAUGUUUGUCUGCUACAGCUGCCUUUCCAUGCAGUCAUUUAAUCUGGUUGCACUUUCCUAUGACAGACUAAUUGCCAUCAUGUUCCCUCUGCACUAUCAGGUGAAGCUGACCCACAGGUUCAUGCUGUCUUUGAUUGCCUCUUUCUGGGUCUUUGUUCUUACUGGUGUUCUUAUUGCACUUGUUCUUCUUAUGAGGCUUUCUUUUUGUGAGUCUGUGGUUAUUAACAGCUAUUUCUGUGACUAUGGCCAGUUAUACAGGCUGGCCUGCAAUGACAACACACCCAGCUUUGUCAUUAGUAUGUUGUUAACGAUUAUUUUUCUUUGGGUCCCUCUGAUAUUCAUAGUGUUUACUUACUUAUGCAUUGGUUAUGCUUUGUCUAAAGUAGCCACAGCCCAGGAAAUAUACAAGUCCUUUAAAACCUGCACAGCUCAUCUGUCUUUAGUGGCAAUCUUUUAUUUCCCAGUACUAUUCACAUAUGCAAUGAUUGAAAAAAUACCUCCAAAUGCCAGGAUCAUCAACCUCUCCUUGACCUCUAUUUUUCCUCCCAUGCUGAACCCAAUCAUUUAUGUUCUGCAGACACAAGAAAUCAAAGUAUCAGUGAAAAGGUUUUUGAAAAUCAAAGGGAGAUCCAAAAUUAUAAAUAAAUGA